GAUCCCCCAGAGCCUCCAGCCCUGCCUGAGCCUCCCACCCCGGUGGCAGACUCUGGCCUGAGCAAGGCUUGACCAAGAGAGAGGCUGUGACCGCCUCUUCUACACCGUGGGACCCAAUUCUGGGCAUGCCUCAGUGGCCCCACCUGUAACACAGAGGGGCAGGACCACAGCUGUUCCUAAACUUUUUAUGUAAUUUUCCCUUCCCUUCUUAUUUUUGAAAGUUUACCAAAUAGGCAGCUUUUAACUCCGAGGUGGUGGUUUUCUUGGUUUUCGUGCACCAAAGACAGUUACCUGCUGUCAACCAAAAAGCAGGCUGGUGGAGCCUAACCAGAGCCAGGGCCACUUGGCAGACCCAACAGCCAGGGUCAGGGGGUGGUUUCUCACCCUGUGAUUUCUGUAUGGAUUUUUGAAAUUUCUGAAAUAAUGGGGGACCAAUGUUUUAUUUUUGUUUUCCGGGUAUAACAUUCAUUCUUAGCCUCCAGGGCCAGCUGUUCAGAGCUCUGUGUGUGCUCCUCCACCCCCAAAACGGGCUGCCUUUUCUUUCCAGAAGCCCAAGGCCACCUCCUACUCAGCACCCACUCCUGGUCCUGUUAAGCCUUGCUUUAUUCUGGGGCAUUUUUCUUUCUUCUUUUUCUUUUCCCUUUUUUUUUUUUUUUCCCCCAUUUAAAGUUGUUUUUCUUUUUACCUUUUCCUUUUUCCCCCCAUUUGAUUUUCUUGCUUUUGUUUUUGUUGUUUUUCCUUUCACUUUUGUUAUUUUUAUUUUUAUUUUUUUUUUGGUGUGGUGGUGGUUGUUUUUGGUGUUUUGUUUUUGCUGUUGACUUUUUGGUGCUCUUUGCUCCUUCCCUUCCCCACCCCCGUUUUUGAACCCCCCCUACCCGACAGUGUCUCUGAGGAUGCUGCAGAAAGUCGGGGCUUGGUCCAGUAACGGAAGGGAGGGCAGGAAGAGGCCAGAGCUGGCAGGGGUGCAGCUGGGUGGGGGGGGCAGGCAUGAGCUCUGCAAGGUGGUGUGUGGGGCUGUCAGGCAAGGGAGUUUGUGGGAAGAAAGGCUGGCUCAGAGGGUCCAUGGAUGCUGGAACUUUAAAAGCUUUAUCAAUCCCCUUCCCUUGGCCCCCAAUUUGACUACAUCUGCCAUAAAGAGCCCUGUUCAAAAGGCCCCAAUGUGAGUGUGGGGGGCGGAGCUCGGAAGGAGGGGUUCUUGCCACUUGCCUCCAGCCUUGGUUCCCCCAGCAGUGUCUUUGGGGGGGGGGGAGGGGAUUUUUAAGUCUUGGGCUCCCUGGAGGUGAGUGAAUAGCCAGAGUCCCUUGGCCGCCUGGCACCUGGCAUUCCAGAACCCACCCCUUCCUUCCUCUCCCUUUCUUCCCAGACUGCAGGGAGCCAGGGUGGGGAACGGAAAGAAGGGGACAUGGGCAGAAGACAAGAUUGAGGCUGGGAGAGGAAGGGAGGAAGAUCCCCUCAAUUCAGCUGGUCCCUCUAGAUGAGAGGUGCGGUGGCUGUGGUGUCAUGGGAGACAGGACGCCUGGGCUCAGUUCCUGCCCUGUCCCUCACUUAACUGUGUGGCCCGGAGGUCACUUUCCUGCUCUGAGUCUUAGUUUCCUCAUUUGCGACUUAGGGCUCAUAAUAUGCACCUGCCAGGGCCAUCUUGUCUAAUAAUCUACGGGCAAUUAAUUGCGUGAUGGGGAUGCAGCAGCUCAUCCCAGGACAAAGGAGAAGUCAAUUUCCGGCCACGAAGACUGGGGGCACCCUCGAGGAUCAAAUCAUCGAGGCUAACCCUGCCAUGGAGGCUUUUGGCAACGCCAAGACCCUGCGGAAUGACAACUCAUCCCGCUUUGGCAAGUUCAUCCGUAUUCACUUCGGCCCCUCUGGGAAGCUGGCAUCCGCCGAUAUUGACAGCUAUCUCCUGGAGAAGUCGCGAGUGAUCUUCCAGCUGCCCGGGGAGCGAGGCUACCACGUCUACUACCAGAUCCUCUCUGGAAAGAAGCCAGAGCUACAGGAUAUGCUGCUUCUGUCUAUGAACCCCUACGACUACCACUUCUGCAGCCAGGGGGUCAUCACUGUGGACAAUAUGGAUGAUGGGGAAGAGCUCAUGGCCACUGACCACGCCAUGGACAUCCUGGGCUUCAGCGUGGAUGAGAAGUGCGCCUGCUACAAGAUCGUGGGGGCCCUCCUGCACUUUGGCAACAUGAAGUUCAAGCAGAAACAGCGGGAGGAGCAGGCCGAGGCUGACGGCACUGAGAGUGCUGACAAGGCUGCCUACCUGAUGGGGGUCAGCAGUGGGGACCUCCUCAAGGGCCUUCUGCACCCCCGAGUUCGUGUAGGGAAUGAGUAUGUGACCAAGGGCCAGAGUGUGGAGCAGGUGGUGUUUGCUGUGGGGGCGCUGGCCAAGGCCACCUACGACCGGCUGUUCCGCUGGCUGGUAUCGCGGAUCAACCAGACCCUAGACACCAAGCUGCCCCGGCAGUUCUUCAUUGGGGUCCUGGACAUCGCCGGCUUCGAGAUCUUUGAGUUCAACAGCUUCGAGCAGCUGUGCAUCAACUUCACCAAUGAGAAGCUGCAGCAGUUCUUCAACCAGCACAUGUUUGUGCUGGAGCAGGAGGAGUACAAGCGCGAGGGCAUCGACUGGGUCUUCAUCGACUUUGGCUUGGACCUGCAGCCCUGCAUUGACCUCAUCGAGAAGCCACUGGGCAUCCUGUCCAUCCUGGAGGAGGAAUGCAUGUUCCCCAAGGCCUCAGAUGCCAGCUUCCGGGCUAAGCUCUACGAUAAUCAUGCGGGGAAGUCACCCAAUUUCCAGCAGCCACGGCCUGACAAGAAACGCAAAUACCAGGCCCACUUUGAGGUGGUCCACUAUGCGGGCGUGGUGCCUUACAGCAUCGUGGGCUGGCUGGAGAAAAACAAGGACCCACUGAAUGAGACGGUGGUCCCUAUCUUCCAAAAGUCGCAAAACAAGCUCUUGGCUACCCUCUAUGAGAAUUAUGCAGGCUCCUGCUCCACCGAGCCCCCCAAAUCUGGGGUGAAAGAGAAGCGUAAGAAGGCAGCAUCUUUCCAGACGGUGUCCCAGCUGCACAAGGAGAAUCUCAACAAGCUGAUGACCAACCUGCGGGCCACACAGCCCCACUUUGUCCGUUGCAUUGUCCCCAAUGAGAACAAGACCCCAGGGGUCAUGGAUGCCUUCUUGGUACUACACCAGCUGCGCUGCAACGGGGUUCUGGAGGGGAUCCGGAUCUGUCGCCAGGGCUUCCCCAACAGGCUGCUCUAUGCGGACUUCCGGCAGCGGUACCGUAUCCUGAACCCCGGUGCCAUCCCAGACGACACCUUCAUGGACAGCAGGAAGGCCACAGAGAAGCUCCUGGGCUCCCUGGACAUUGACCACACGCAGUACCAGUUUGGUCACACCAAGGUGUUCUUCAAAGCUGGGCUUCUCGGGGUCCUGGAGGAGCUUCGUGACCAGCGUCUGGCCAAGGUUCUGACGCUGCUGCAGGCCCGGAGUCGGGGCCGCCUCAUGCGCCUGGAGUACCAGCGCCUGCUGGGCGGCAGGGACGCCUUGUUCACCAUCCAGUGGAAUAUCCGUGCCUUCAACGCUGUCAAGAACUGGUCCUGGAUGAAGCUCUUCUUCAAGAUGAAGCCGCUGCUGCGCUCAGCACAGGCCGAGGAGGAGCUGGCCGCCCUGCGGGCCGAGCUGCGGGGGCUCCGCGGGGCUCUGGCUGCUGCCGAGGCCAAGCGCCAGGAGCUGGAGGAGACCCACGUCAGUGUCACCCAGGAGAAGAAUGACCUGGCCCUGCAGCUGCAGGCAGAGCAAGAAAACUUGGCGGACGCGGAGGAGCGCUGCCACCUGCUGAUCAAGUCCAAGGUGCAGCUCGAGGCGAAGGUGAAGGAGCUGAGCGAGAGGCUGGAGGACGAGGAGGAGGUGAACGCCGACCUGGCCGCCCGCCGGCGCAAGCUGGAAGACGAGUGCACAGAGCUCAAAAAGGACAUUGAUGACCUGGAGCUGACGUUGGCCAAGGCCGAGAAGGAGAAGCAAGCCACGGAGAACAAGGUGAAGAACCUGACGGAAGAGAUGGCAGCCCUGGACGAGUCGGUGGCCCGACUCACCAAGGAGAAGAAGGCGUUGCAGGAGGCCCACCAGCAGGCCCUGGGCGACCUGCAGGCCGAGGAGGACCGUGUGAGCGCUCUGGCCAAGGCCAAGCUCCGGCUGGAGCAGCAAGUGGAAGAUUUGGAGUGCUCCCUGGAGCAAGAGAAGAAGCUGCGCAUGGACACAGAGCGGGCGAGGCGCAAGCUCGAGGGUGACCUCAAGCUGACGCAGGAGUCAGUGACGGAUGCCGCCCAGGACAAGCAGCAGCUGGAGGAGAAGCUCAAGAAGAAGGACUCGGAGCUGAGUCAGCUGAACCUGCGGGUAGAGGAUGAGCAGCUCCUCGGGGCACAGCUACAGAAGAAGAUCAAGGAACUGCAGGCUCGGGCAGAGGAGCUAGAAGAGGAGCUGGAGGCGGAGCGGGCGGCCCGGGCCCGCGUGGAGAAGCAGCGGGCAGAGGCGGCCCGGGAGCUGGAGGAGCUGAGCGAGCGGCUGGAGGAGGCCGGCGGGGCAUCGGCGGGGCAGCGGGAGGGGUGCCGCAAGCGCGAGGCCGAGCUGGGCCGGCUGCGGCGGGAACUGGAGGAGGCGGCACUGCGGCACGAGGCCACCGUGGCUGCCCUGCGCCGCAAGCAGGCCGAGAGCGCUGCCGAGCUGGGCGAGCAGGUGGACAGUCUGCAGCGCGUGCGGCAGAAGCUGGAAAAGGAGAAGAGCGAGCUGCGCAUGGAGGUGGAUGAUCUGGGCGCCAAUGUGGAGACUCUGGCCCGCAGCAAGGCCAGCGCAGAGAAGCUUUGCCGCACCUAUGAGGAUCAGCUGAGUGAGGCCAAGAUCAAGGUGGAGGAGCUGCAGCGGCAGCUGGCAGAUGCGAGCACUCAGCGUGGGAGGCUGCAGACUGAGAGCGGGGAGCUGAGCCGCCUGCUUGAGGAGAAGGAGUCUCUGAUUAGCCAGCUGAGCCGGGGCAAGGCCUCGGCCACCCAGAGCCUGGAGGAACUGCGGAGGCAGCUGGAGGAGGAGAGCAAGGCCAAGAGUGCGCUGGCUCAUGCCGUACAGGCUUUGCGGCAUGACUGUGACCUCUUGCGGGAGCAGCAUGAGGAGGAAGUAGAGGCCCAGGCCGAGCUGCAGCGGCUGCUGUCCAAGGCCAAUGCUGAGGUGGCCCAGUGGAGGAGCAAGUACGAGGCAGAUGCCAUCCAGAGGACCGAGGAGUUGGAGGAGGCCAAAAAGAAGCUGGCCCUGCGGCUGCAGGAAGCAGAGGAGGGAGUGGAGGCUGCUCACGCCAAGUGCUCCUCCCUGGAGAAGGCCAAGCUGCGACUGCAGACGGAGUCAGAGGACGUGACCCUAGAGCUGGAACGGGCCACCUCAGCGGCGGCCGCGCUGGACAAGAAGCAGCGGCAUUUGGAGCGGGCGCUGGAGGAGCGGCGGCGGCAGGAGGAGGAGAUGCAGCGGGAGCUGGAGGCUGCCCAGAGGGAGGCCCGCAGCCUGGGCACUGAGCUCUUCCGGCUGCGACACAGCCACGAGGAGGCGCUCGAGGCCCUGGAGACGCUUAAGCGGGAGAACAAGAACCUGCAGGAGGAGAUCAGUGACCUCACAGACCAGGUCAGCCUUAGCGGGAAGAGCAUCCAGGAACUGGAGAAAGCCAAAAAGGCUCUGGAAGGGGAGAAGAGUGAGCUCCAGGCCGCACUGGAGGAGGCUGAGGGAGCCCUGGAGCUGGAGGAGACCAAGACUCUGAGGAUCCAGCUGGAGCUGUCCCAGGUCAAGGCUGAGGUGGACCGGAAACUGGCUGAGAAGGAUGAGGAAUGCACUAACUUGAGGCGGAACCACCAGCGGGCCGUGGAGUCCCUGCAGGCCUCCCUGGAUGCAGAGACAAGGGCCCGCAACGAGGCGCUGCGGCUCAAGAAGAAGAUGGAGGGUGACCUCAACGACCUCGAGCUGCAGCUGGGCCAUGCCACCCGCCAGGCCAUGGAGGCGCAGGCAGCCACGCGGCUGCUGCAGGCCCAGCUCAAGGAGGAGCAGGCGGGGAGAGACGAGGAGCAGCGGCUGGCGGCAGAGCUCCGAGAGCAGGCGCAGGCUCUGGAGCGGCGGGCUGCGCUGCUGGCCGCGGAGCUGGAGGAGCUGCGGGCCGCGCUGGAGCAGGGCGAGCGCAGCCGGCGACUGGCGGAGCAGGAGCUGCUCGAGGCCACCGAGCGUCUUAAUCUCCUACACUCACAGAACACAGGCCUCCUGAACCAGAAGAAGAAGCUAGAAGUGGAUCUGACCCAGCUGAGCGGGGAGGUGGAGGAGGCUGCCCAGGAGAGGCGGGAAGCUGAGGAGAAGGCCAAAAAGGCCAUCACUGAUGCGGCCAUGAUGGCUGAGGAGCUGAAAAAGGAGCAGGACACGAGUGCACACCUGGAAAGGAUGAAGAAGACGCUGGAGCAGACGGUGCGGGAGCUCCAGGCCCGGCUUGAGGAGGCCGAGCAAGCUGCCCUCCGUGGCGGGAAGAAGCAGGUGCAGAAGCUGGAGGCUAAGGUGCGGGAGCUGGAAGCCGAGCUGGAUGCAGAGCAGAAGAAGCACGCCGAGGCCCUCAAAGGGGUGCGGAAACACGAGCGCCGGGUCAAGGAGCUCGCAUACCAGGCUGAGGAGGACAGGAAGAACCUGGCUCGCAUGCAGGACCUGGUGGACAAGCUGCAGAGCAAGGUCAAGAGCUACAAACGCCAGUUCGAGGAGGCGGAACAGCAGGCCAGUACCAACCUGGCCAAGUACCGCAAGGCCCAGCAUGAGCUGGACGACGCAGAGGAGCGGGCAGACAUGGCAGAAACCCAGGCGAACAAGCUGCGGGCACGGACCCGGGAUGCCCUAGGGCCCAAGCACAAGGAGUGACGCCAGAGUCUCUGGGCUCUGAAGACGCUGCCUGCCCGCACCCUCUCCUGCUGCCUCUUCUUCCCAGUCUGCCCCAUGCCCUGCUGGACCCUGAGUAAAUGCCAGUCUGCAGCCCUAGCUGGGGCCUUCUCCUCCUCUGAGGUUCAGGAGAAGAAAGGAACACACGGUCCCUGGACAAAAGUCAGGUCCACAUCAGUCAUUUAAAAUAAAGUUCUUUAAUAGUCUCCA